AUGGCGGCCUGGGCAUGGGCCAUGCGGGGACUGCUUCUGGAUGUCAGUGGGGUCCUCUACGACAGCGGUGGCGAUGGUGGAGUCCCCAUCCCCGGCUCGGUGGAGGCGGUGUGCAGGUUAAAAGCAUCUGGUCUGAAGCUGCAGUUCUGCACUAACGAAACCCAAGCGACCCGGGAGAAGUCUGUGAAGAAUCUGCAGGGGCUGGGCUUUGACAUCUCCGUGGGCAAGGUCACCGCCCCCGCGCCAGCCGCCUGCCGCAUUCUGAAGGAGCGUUGCCUGAGACCACAUUUGCUCAUGCACGACGAUCUCGUCUCUGAGUUUGCAGAGAUUGAUAAUAUUGUUUACAAAAUCAAUCUUGCAUCUUAG